AUGUCAACUCAUAGACCUUUCCAAUUGAAUCAUGGAUCAAUUGAACAUACUUUUUUGGUUCCUCACACAUUAUAUGCCAACUAUUCACAAUUGAAAGAUGAAUUUGUCAAAACGCUACCACAACCCACUGAAGGAUUUGCUGCUGACGAUGAACCAGCUAGUCCUGUUGAAUUAUAUGGAAAAUUCUUGGGUUUCAUAAGUCAACAACAACCAAGACAAGAUGAAGUUUUACGUCAUGCCAUUAGAGAUUUUGAAUCGACUUUUUUACAAAACAAUGACGAUAUCCAUUCAUUUGCCGUUAAGAUCUUACAAGAUGAAACUUACCCAACAACUCAGUCCAAGAUUAAGAACCUUGUCAAGAAUUAUUACCAAUCGGUCCAGACUAUUCCCAGAACUGAGUCUAACUUGUUAUAUCAUGCCGCUAAAAAGACGGCAAAAUUGGCCUCAAUAUUUGGUGGCCAAGGUAAUACCGACGACUAUUUUGAAGAAUUGAGAGAAAUCUACAAUGUAUCAUCUAAUUUAAUUGUUGAUGAUUUAUUAAUCCCCAUUACUGAAAAAUUAAACCAAUUGGUUAAACAAGAUUCUGAAUUUGACAAGAUUUAUACUCAGGGUUUGAAUAUUUUGAGAUGGUUGAAGCAUCCAGAAACUACUCCUGAUCAAGAUUAUUUAUUAAGUGUUCCGGUGUCGUGUCCAAUCAUUUGUAUCAUCCAAUUGUGUCAUUAUGCUAUCACUUGCAAAGUUUUGGGAUUGAAUCCAGGUGAGUUGAGAGAUUUAACUUCUUGGUCAACCGGUCACUCACAAGGUUUAAUUACUGCCGUUGCCAUUUCUGGUUCUACUUCUUGGGAGUCAUUUUUAUCCAAUGGUAUCAAGGCUUGUUCAUUUAUGUUUUUUAUUGGAUCGAGAUGCUUGAGUACUUAUCCAAGAACCACAUUGCCACCAACCAUGUUGCAAGACUCAUUGAAUCACGGUGAAGGUAGACCAUCUCCCAUGUUGUCAGUUAGAGAUUUGCCAACUUCAAAAGUUGAGAAAUUUAUUCAACAAACAAAUGCUCAUUUGCCAAAAGAAAAACAUAUUGCCAUUAGUUUGGUCAAUGGUGCUAGAAACUUGGUGUUGUCAGGUCCACCAGAGUCUUUAUAUGGUUUCAAUUUGAACUUGAGAAAUGUUAAAGCACCAAAUGGAUUAGACCAAUCACGUAUUCCAUUUAGUGAAAGAAAAUUGAAAUGCUCCAAUAGAUUUUUGCCAAUUUUUUCACCAUUCCAUUCACAUCUUUUAGCUGAUGCUACUGAAGUUGUUUUACAAGAUAUUGAAAAUAUCGCCUUUAAUGAAUUGCAAAUCCCCGUAUAUGACACGUUUGAUGGAAGUAAUUUGCAAGGCAAGACACCAGCUGACUUGAAUGCCAGGUUAGUCAAGUUGAUCACUGAAUUACCUGUUCAUUGGGAAUUGGCAACUGAUCAUGAAGCAACCCACAUUCUUGACUUUGGACCAGGUGGAGUUUCCGGUUUGGGUGUUUUGACCCACAGAAACAAAGAAGGUACUGGUGCAAGAAUUAUCAUUGCCGGUGCCUUGGAUUCCAAUCCAUUGGAUGAUGAAUAUGGUUUUAAGCAUGAAAUUUUCCAUAGAUCGGAAGAUCGUCAAAUCAAAUGGGCACCAAAUUGGUUACAAGAAUACAAGCCAACAUUGGUCAAAACUUCAAAGGGAAAGACUUAUGUCAAUACCAAGUUUUCGCAAUUGUUGGGAAGAGCACCAUUGAUGGUUCCAGGUAUGACUCCAACAACCGUUAAUCCAGACAUUGUUGCUGCAUCGUUAAAUGCCGGAUACCAUAUUGAAAUUGCUGGUGGUGGUUAUUUCGAACCGGUACUGAUGACCAAGGCUAUUGACAAGGUUGUUGAAAAUAUCAAACCUGGGUUUGGAUUAGGUAUCAACUUGAUUUACGUCAAUCCAAGAAUGUUGCAAUGGGGUAUUCCGUUGAUCAAGGAUUUGAGAGAAAAGGGUUAUCCUAUCCAAUCAUUAACCAUUGGUGCUGGUGUUCCAUCGUUGGAAGUGGCAACUGAAUAUAUCGAAGAGUUGGGAUUGACCCACUUGGGAUUGAAACCAGGUUCAAUUGAUGCCAUUAGCCAGGUUAUUACAAUCGCCAAAGCCCAUCCAAACUUUCCAAUCGUUUUGCAAUGGACUGGUGGUAGAGGAGGUGGUCACCAUUCGUUUGAGGAUUUCCAUCAACCAAUUAUCCAAAUGUAUUCCAAGAUUAGAAGAUGUUCCAAUAUAGUUUUGGUUGCUGGUUCUGGAUUCGGAUCAGCUGAAGACACUUAUCCAUAUUUGACUGGUUCAUGGUCAAAGAAAUUCAACUAUCCACCUAUGCCAUUCGAUGGUGUUUUGUUUGGAUCGAGAGUCAUGACAGCUAAAGAAGCCAAGACUUCGUUGGAAGCUAAAAAGUUGAUUACUCAAUGUCCUGGUGUUGAAGAUUUGAAAUGGGAACAAACAUACAAGAAACCAACUGGAGGUAUAGUUACUGUCCAAUCAGAGAUGGGUGAACCAAUCCACAAGAUUGCCACUAAAGCCGUUAUGUUUUGGAAAGAAUUGGAUGAAACCAUUUUCAAUUUACCAAAGAAUAAGCUUGUUGAAGGUUUGAAUAAAAAGAGGGAUUACAUCAUUGACAAGUUGAAUAAAGAUUUCCAAAAGCCAUGGUUUGCCAGGAAUAGUCAAGGUGUUUGCGACUUGCAAGACAUGACUUAUCAAGAAGUUGCCAAUAGAUUGGUUGAAUUGAUGUAUGUCGAGAAGUCAAAAAGAUGGAUUGAUCUUUCAUUAAGAAAUUUCUUUGUUGAUUACCUUAGACGUGUUGAAGAAAGAUUUACCACCGAAGACGAUGCUGUCUCUUUGAUUCAAAACUAUGCUCAAUUGCAAAACUCACCACAAGAAUUUACUAAUGAGUUUUUCAACCAUUUCCCAUUGGCUAAAACCCAAUUGAUUUCAGAAGAGGACUGUGAUUUCUUUUUAAUGUGUGCUUCUAGACCAUCGCAGAAGCCAGCACCAUUUGUGCCCGUUUUGGAUGAACGUUUUGAAUUUUUCUUCAAAAAGGAUUCGUUAUGGCAAUCUGAAGACUUGGAAACUGUUGUUGAUGAAGAUGUGCAAAGAACUUGUAUUUUACAUGGUCCUGUUGCUUCACAAUUUACCAAUAUCGUUGAUGAGCCAAUUGGGGAAAUUUUGGAUUUGAUUCACGAUGGACACAUUGCCAAGUUGAUUAAAGAUGAAUACAAUGGAGAUGAGUCAAAGAUUCCAACUGUUGAAUACUUUGGCGGCAAGCAACCACCAACCCACUUGAAAUCAGUUGAACAUGUUACAACUACUGAUGGUAAGUCUGAAGUUGUUUAUGAAAUCAAAUCAAAUGUUCCUGAUAAAGAGGCAUGGUUGAAGUUGUUGCAAGGCUCAGAAUUAAAUUGGUUACAAGCUUUGAUUUCAACCGAUAGAAUUGUUCAAGGCUCCAAGCAUGCUUCCAACCCACUUCAUGAUAUUUUGGCUCCAACUCCACAUUCUCAAGUUGUCAUCAACAAGCUGAGCCAUACAUUGACUGCUUAUGAGAGAGUUAAAGGUGAUUUGGUCCCAGUUGUCGAAAUCAAGUUGUUGAAGGAUAACGUCAUCCAAUUUUCCUUGAUUGAACACAGAACAGCUGAUGGAAAUCCAGUUGCAUUACCAUUUUUGUACAAGUACCAACCAGAAGAUGGAUUUGCUCCAAUUGUCGAAGUUAUGGAAUCAAGAAACGAUAGGAUUAAAGAAUUUUACUGGAAGUUAUGGUUUGGCUCUAAAAUUCCAUACGACUUGGACAUUAAUGUUGAAGAACAAAUUUUGGGUGAUGAAGUCACCGUUACUGGUAAAGAUAUUGCUGAAUUCACUCAUGCUAUUGGUAACAAAUGUGAAGCGUUUGUCAAUAGACCAGGUAAAGUCACAUUGGCUCCUAUGGAUUUUGCUAUUGUCGUAGGAUGGCAAGCUAUUAUCAAGGCUAUUUUCCCCAAGACUGUUGAUGGAGACUUGUUGAAAUUGGUUCAUUUAUCCAAUGGGUACAAGAUGAUUCCAGGCGCUGCUCCAUUGAAAAAAGAUGAUGUUGUCUCAACCAAGGCGGAGAUUAAAGCGGUGUUGAAUCAACCAAGUGGUAAAUUAGUUGAAGUUGUUGGUACUAUUUACCGUGACUCACUCCCAGUUAUGGAAGUUUCCUCACAAUUUUUGUACCGUGGUGAAUAUGUUGAUUACGAAAACACAUUCCAGAAAGUCACUGAGACCCCAGUUCAAGUUGCCUUUAAGUCUUCUAAGGAUUUGGCAGUCUUGAGAUCUAAAGAAUGGUUCCAUUUGACUAAAGAUGUUGAGUUUGAUGUAUUGACAUUUAGAUGCGAGUCAUUGUACAAGUUUAGGUCGGCCAAUGUUUACUCAUCAAUCAAGACUACAGGACAAGUGUAUUUGGAAUUGCCCACCAAGGAAGUUGUUCAAGUUGGUGAAGUUAAUUACGAAGCUGGUGUUUCUUACGGUAACCCAGUGACUGAUUAUUUUGCUCGUCAUGGUAAAACUAUUGAAGAAGCUGUUUCGUUUGAAAAUGCCAUUCCACUUUCAUCUAGUGAAGAAUUGAUUUCGAAAGCUCCAGGUACCAAUGAACCAUAUGCUAUUGUUUCUGGUGAUUAUAAUCCAAUUCAUGUGUCACGUGUGUUUGCUGCAUAUGCUAAAUUGCCCGGUACAAUUACCCAUGGUAUGUAUUCUUCAGCUUCCGUUAGAGGUUUGGUUGAGGAAUGGGCUGCUAAUAACUUUGCUUCCAGAGUUAGAGCUUUCAAAUGUGAUUUUGUUGGCAUGGUUUUGCCUAAUGAUACAUUGCAAACCACUAUGGAACACACGGGUAUGAUUAAUGGCCGUAAGAUUAUCAAGUUCCAAACCAAGAAUAUUGAAACUGAUGCACCAGUAUUGGUUGGAGAAGCUGAAAUUGAACAACCAACUACCACCUAUGUGUUUACUGGUCAAGGUUCCCAAGAACAAGGAAUGGGUAUGGACUUGUACAAUUCAUCCGAUGUUGCUAAAGAAGUCUGGGAUAAAGCUGAUCAACACUUUGUCAAUAAUUAUGGUUUCUCAAUUUUGGAUAUUGUACAAAACAAUCCAAAGGAAUUGACGGUUCAUUUCGGUGGUGCCAAGGGUAGAGCCAUUAGAGACAAUUAUAUUGGAAUGAUGUUUGAAACUAUUGGAGAAGACGGUGAAUUGAAAUCGGAAAAGAUCUUCAAGGGUAUUGAUGAAACUUCGACAUCAUUUACAUUUGUUUCUCCAACUGGAUUAUUGUCAGCUACGCAAUUUACUCAACCAGCAUUGACGUUGAUGGAAAAGGCUGCUUAUGAAGAUAUCAAGCUGAAGGGGUUGAUUCCACUGGAUAUCAUGUUUGCCGGUCAUUCAUUGGGUGAGUACUCGGCAUUGAGUUCAUUGGCCAAUGUUAUGCCAAUUGAAUCUUUAGUUGAUGUUGUGUUUUACCGUGGUAUGACUAUGCAAGUUGCCGUCCCUAGAGAUGAUUUGGGUAGAUCCAAUUAUGGUAUGUGUGCUGUGAAUCCAAGCAGAGUUAGUGCUACAUUUAAUGAUGCCGCUCUUAGGUUUGUUGUUGAUGAAACAUCAAGUAGAACUGGAUGGUUGUUGGAAAUUGUCAAUUAUAAUGUUGAAAACCAACAAUAUGUUACUGCUGGUGAUUUACGUGGUUUGGAUGCAUUAACCAAUGUUCUCAAUGUAUUGAAAUUGAACAAGAUUGACAUUGUUAAAUUACAAGAACAACUUUCAAUUGAAGCUGUUACGCAACAUCUUCAUGAAAUCAUUGAUGAAGUGAAGCAAAAGACGUUGGCUAAGCCUCAACCAAUUGAAUUGGAAAGAGGUUUUGCCGUUAUUCCAUUAAAGGGAAUUGAUGUACCUUUCCAUUCAUCAUAUUUGAUGUCGGGAGUUAAACCAUUCCAAAGAUUUUUGUGCAAAAAGAUCCCUAAGUCUUCAGUCAAGCCUCAGGAUCUUAUUGGUAAAUAUAUCCCCAACUUGACAGCAAAACCAUUUGAAUUGACAAAGGAGUAUUUCAUUGAUGUUUACAAUUUGACUAAAUCGGAAAAGAUUAAAAAGAUUAUUGACAAUUGGGAGAAAUUUGAACAAAUGUGA